AUGGGAUUAAUUCUGGCUCGAUCGUGGGCGCAGCUAGUAGUAAACAUCGAACAAAACUACAAAUGCUAUGGCGGCUCGUACUACAGCCCGAACAACUUGGAGCCGGUGUUGUUUUGGGUCUGGAACGCCUCACUUCUUGAUGCUUCGAAAUAUACCUCUUACGUCGCAAAAGUGCUUUUCAUUCUGGCAUGCUUAAUGGAUAUAACAACUUGUUAUCAACUGUGGAGUAUGAAACAAGUUUCGCUGGGCGAGAAGAACAUCGAUCUACAUGUAAUACGAAUGAUAGUAGCUACCCACGUUCCUGACAUUUUCUACAUUUGCUUCAAUAUUUUCUGGCCAUAUUUAAAAUUCAUACAUUAUCCUCUGACGAAUUAUCUGGCCAACGAAGUACCACGUUUUCUUGAUAACGUCUUGCAUGCCGCGAUCCUGAUCUACUUCAACCAACCCACUCGCGUGGCCUCAAUCUCGACGAUGCAGACAAAGUUA